AUGUUCCACGGUGGCCUCAUUACAAGGGGCCUCCCUUCUCUUUUCAUCGCUGUGCAACAAGGUUGGGGGUUGCUGAGGGCUCCAAACAGCAGCAGGAAACACCCCUGGCGAAUAGAAAUCUGUCCUGGCCCCACGCCCGAUGCCACCAUGAACAACUGCCUGCACACCUCCAGCAAUGUCACCCUCCUGACGUCCUCGGUCUCCAGCAUGACCGGAAUCGUUUUCCUCCUCCUGGCCGCUCUGAUCGGACUGCCGGGCAACCUCUUUGUGGUGUGGAGCAUCCUGUGGAAGAUGAAGCCCAGCAGCCGUUCGGUCACCUGCCUGCUGGUCCUCAACCUGGCCAUGGCUGACGGAGCCGUCCUCCUGCUCACGCCCUUCUUCAUCCUCUUCCUCACUUUCAAGACCUGGUUCUUCAGCCUCGCCGUCUGCAAAGGCGUCUACUACCUCUGUUGUGUCAACAUGUAUGCCAGCAUCUUCAUCAUCAUGCUCAUGAGCGUGGACCGGUGCUUGGCCGUCAGCCGGCCCUACCUCUCCCAAGCCAUCCGCAAGAAGCGCCUGGUGGUCAAGAUCUUGGCCGCCCUCUGGGCAGCGGCCAUCUUGUUGGCCAUCCCGGCCUUCGUGUAUCGCCAGCUGCUGUCGGACCCGUCCGAGCGGUGGCAGAUCUGUGAGCCGUGCCACGCCACGCCGGGCCUGGCUGUCUUCCACUUCACCAUGGAGACAGUGGUGGCCUUUGUGGUGCCCUUUGCAGUCAUUGUGGGCUGCUACUCCACCAUCUUGGUGCGGCUGCGGGGGCGGCGGUGGCACCGCCGGGGAGCACGGACAGGGAAGCUCAUCGCCGCCGUGGUGCUCUGCUUCGCCGCCCUCUGGGUGCCCUACCACGUGGUCAACGUGCUGCAGGUGGCCUCCAACAUGGCCUCGGGGAGGGCAGCAGAGAUCCUGGGCCAUGCGUGGAAGGCUGGCCGGGCGGGGGCCACUGCCCUGGCCUUCCUCAGCAGCAGCAUUAACCCUGUCCUCUACGUCUUCGCCGCCGGGGAUCUGAUCAAGACCUCAGGGGCCAAGUUCAUCGCCCAGUUCUUCGAGGGGGCCUCCGGGGAGGUGCACAAGAAGUCACCCUCCCAGAGAGACCUGGACAAGGACACAGUGGCAGGGGAGGGUGUGGAGAUAGGGCAGCUGCAGGCAGGAGGGGAGGGGGCCAAGCAGGACGGGGCCGUGGGGCAAUUGACACCCCCUGGACAGGGUCCAUACCAAGCUGCAUCCCCUUAG